AUGUCAGCAAACGUUAACAAACCGACCGACCUCAAGCAGAAGGAGGCGGAUGUCAACCGCAAGCUUCAGCUUUACGGCAUCAUCUCCGCUUUCCAGGCUGGAAAAGUCCCCUCGAAUGACCAAAUCGACAUCGCUCUGAACAGCUUUUUGGCGUCCAAGGCUCUGUCAACCCCCCCAGAGAAGCUCUCUCCCGAGGGCAAGGCGCUUGUCGCCGACGCGCGAGAUGUCGUACAGCAAGCCAAGUUCCUUUUGUUGUCCAAGAACCAGGGCAACCUGCUCCAAGAUUUCAUCUGGCAGACAGAGCAAUUCGACCCCAAGGCUGUCGAUGUCCCUGGCGCCCCUGUCAACAAGGACGUCGCCCAACAGCAUGGAGACAAGGCAGUCCAGGGUCUCCGAACCCUCGGAACUCUGUUGAUUACCAACGGCCAGUUCCGCAAGUUGCUCAAGGAUGCCAGUGUCCUCCUUCGCGACAUGGCCGGCGAUGCCGCAACCGAGGCCGCCCAGCGUGUCCGGCCUUCGGGUGAAGCCCUGGACCAAAUGGACCGUCCCGCCGAGGACAACACCUGGCAUGACGCUCCCGACUUCUCCAAGGAGAACUUGAAGAAGCAAGCCCAGAACGUUUACAAGGGUUCUCCUGCCGACGAUGCCCGGGAAGUGCUCAACGCCGGUACCCAGGGUGCUCACCCUCAGGGCCAGCAGGCCCCCCAGGAUCUUGCUGCUACUGCCGCUCGCGACCAGGCUCAGGGCACCAACUCUGGUGUUAAUGCCCAGAACGGCAUCAACGCCGCUCGCGAUGUCCUCGAGAAGAAGUACAACGAGAACGUCGACGAUGAGACUCGCGAAAAGGCACGUCAGCGCAACGAAGAGUACCGCCGCCGUACCAAGGAGUAUUUUAACAAGAAGAUGCCGCAGGAGCGCAAGGAGCAGACCAUUUGGCGUCUGAAGAAGAUGGUGCUUGAAUGCCAGCAGCACCCUGAUUACGCUCAGGCCAUCGAGACCCUUCUCAACCUUGCCGAGGAGUAUGCCGGACACUCGCGGUCCCUUGCACAGGGCGGAAGUGGUACUGUCAGAGACGCCCGUGCCGGACUCGCCCAGGCUGAGUCGGACCUCAAGACCCUUAUUGAGCGUUUCGCCAACGGUACCUCCACCGACGACUUGUUCGACUCCAUCAACCAGAUCUAUCGUGAUGCCGACCAGGAUCGCGAACUCAAGGACUGGUUCAAGUCUAUGGACCGUUACGUCCGCCGCUGCCUUCUCGAGCAGGGUUACAUCCUCGAUGACCACUCUACUCAGGAGUGGAACAACUUGUACGACCACGGCCGCUACCUCCUGCGCGACAAGUACCGCGCUCACACCGACCACGUUCUCGAUGAGAUCAAGUUCCUUGCCGACCAGUUCGACCAGGACCCUCAGAACAAGCGCUUCGCCCAGUCUGUUCAGAAGCUCUUCACUGACCUGGGCAAUGACGAGAACGGCAAGCCCACGUUCAAGCCUCACCUUGUGAAGGAUCUGUCCGAGGUCAUCAUCCCGGCCAUCUUUGAGAAUGUCGCGUACAUCCCCAUUCCGCGUAUCGAAUACAGUGACCCUCAAUUCGAUGCCGUCAUUGAGAACCUCGUCCUUGAGUCCGACAACUUCAUGCCCAACAUUUUGGAGGUUAACAGCGAGAACUACUUCUUGUGGGGCCGAAAGAAGAUCGCCAACAAGCACAAGCAAUCCUUUGAGGUGAAGGUCGCUGGUGUUCAGCUCGAUCUUCGUGAUGUCGGCUACCACGUCAAGCGCAAGCAGGGUUUCCCUUCCCUCACGGAUACUGGUAUCGCCGACAUUCUUCUCGCCGGCGAUGGGUUCUCAUUCAAGAUGAAGAUGUCGUCUGCCGACAAGAAGGACAGCCAGAACUUCUUCAAGAUUGACAAGGUCGACGUUGACAUCAAGCACAUGAGCAUCAAGUUGAAGAAGUCCAACCACAAGCUCCUCUUCGGUCUUGUCAAGCCCAUAAUGCUCAAGGUCCUUCGCCCUGCCCUUCAGAAGGCUGUGGAACAGGCCAUCAAGCAGCAGGCUUCUCAGCUUGACGCUUUCCUCUUCCAGGUCAAGCAGGAGGCCGACCGUGCCCUCGAUGAGGCUCGCUCUGACCCUGAGAACACUCCCAACAUCUACAACCGCUACGCUACUGCUGUCCAGAAGCGUGCCCUUCAGGGCAAGCAGAAGGCUGAGGCAGUCGCCGCUGACAAGAAGGUCAACGUCGCCAUCACUAAGGAGGAGUCUAUCUUCCCCGACGUCAACCUUCCCGGCGGUAUCAGCACAAAGGCAACCGAGUACAAGGAGCUUGCCCGUAAGGGUGAACGUUGGGAGAGCCCCGUCUUCUCUAUCGGCAAGGCCAGCAAGUCCACCGACAUUCCCGAUGCUCCUCGCGUCGAGCGAAAGAAGCAUGGCUUGCCUACCCAGCAGGGCAUUGCUCCUAACGGUGUGAACGGAGACCUCAAUGGUCAAGUGCACACUCUCUCAAGCAACCCUGCCCACGUCAGUGGUUACUAA